GUGAAAAGAUGGCAAUGGCAGCGUACCAUGCAGAGAAGUUAUUGAGGUGCUGUGGCUAUUACACUGAAUUAUUGAAAAUAAGUCUUGGGAAGCCUUGGAACCAGAAGAGUGAGAAAAUAAAGUACUGUAGAUCACUUCACGUUGACAGUCCACCCUGCAUUCCUUCUUUGACAAACAGUUAUGUUCACGGCACUUCAACUGUAUCUCUCCUCCCUCUAACUGUGGGCGAGGCAUUGCAGACAACAGCAGCCAAAUGGCCUGACAGGGAUGCAGUGGUCUUUCUUCAGGACAACAUCCAAAAAACAUUCUCUCAGUUCCAGCAGGACGUUGAUCAACUGGCAGCAGGACUUGUUGCCCUCGGCUUGAAGAAGGGCGACAGGCUCGGUUUGUGGUGUCCAAACAUAUAUGAAUGGAUUCUGUUCCAGUUUGCCACAGCAAAGGCUGGCAUCAUUUUGGUGUCUUUGAACCCAGCUUAUCAACUCACAGAGUUGGAGUUCGCCCUGAGAAAGGUCCAGUGUAACGCAGUAGUGUGUCCCACUCAGUCGAAGAGUCAGAGGUUCUGUGACAUACUGAGAAAAAUCUGCCCAGAGCUCAACACUGCAGCCUCUGGAAUAAUUAAAAGCUUGAGGUUGCCAGAUCUGCGCAUGGUGAUAGUGACAGAAGGCAGGCAGCCUGGCAUGCUACAUGUGGAUGAUGUGAUGCAGGCAGCUGAGAGUCAGCACUACCAGCAGCUGGACAGUUUACAGAGGAUACUAAGCUUUGAUGACCCCAUCAACAUUCAGUUCACAUCGGGUACAACAGGGAACCCAAAAGGUGUCACUCUGUCUCACCACAACAUUGUAAACAAUGCUUAUUUUGUCGGGUUGCGCAUGGGUUACAGCUUGAGACCAAACGUUCGAGUGUGUGUUCCUGUUCCCAUGUACCACUGCUUUGGCUCUGUUUUGGGGGGUGUGUGCAUGGCUGUACAUGGCAUCACCUUGGUGUUUCCUUCGGCUGUGUAUGAUGGACAAGCAAACUUGGAGGCUAUUCAGAAAGAAAGAUGCACGGUCAUCUAUGGCACUCCUACAAUGUACAUUGACUUGCUGAGUCAGCCUAAUUUUGGGAAGUAUGAUUUAUCCUCUGUGGAGACAGGUAUUGUGGGUGGAUCUUCAUGUCCCACUGAACUCAUGAAAAGAGUAAGAAGCAUCAUGAACGUUAAAGGGAUGACGGUGGCUUAUGGAACCACAGAAAACAGUCCAAUAACCUUUCUGCAGUUCCCUUUGGAUGGGCAAGAGCUUAAGACUGAGACGGUUGGGUGCAUCAUGAACCAUACUGAGGCUAAGGUGGUGGAGCCAUCAUCUGGGAAGCUGCUUCCUCUGGGCCAAACCGGAGAGUUGCUCAUUAGAGGCUACUGUGUCAUGCGGGGCUACUGGAAUGAGCCUGACAAAACAUGCAAGAGCAUCUCGGACGAUGGCUGGUACAAGACAGGUGAUAUUGCCAGUCUGGAUGGAUUCGGGUACUGCCGCAUCGAGGGUCGCAUAAAGGACAUGAUCAUCCGUGGUGGGGAGAACAUCUACCCUGCUGAAAUAGAGCAGUUCCUCUACACACAUCCGAAAGUGAAGGAAGUACAGGUGAUUGGGGUGAAAGAUGAGCGGUUGGGAGAGCAGGUUUGUGCUUGUAUUAAGCUAGCAGAGGGAGAACACUGCACUGAGGAGGAGAUUAGAGAGUACUGCAAAGGCCAGAUAUCUCACUUCAAAAUUCCACAUUUUGUAGUGUUUGUCAACAGCUAUCCACUCACUGCUUCUGGGAAGAUCCAGAAAAAUAUCCUGUGUGCAGAAAUGGAGAAGAAGCUGGGGCUGUGCCUGUGAUGCCUGUAAUGCCUGUGAUGCCCAGCACUACUUUUAA